UUCAAUGGAGAGAGUGGAGUUCUAAUUGAGCUAGAUUUCAGGAGAUUGAUGAUCGCAAAACAUAUUACAACCGAUGUUUCAUUGGCAGGAGUAAUGAGUAUACUUACUCAGAAUCCGUUAAUUUUGCCCCUAACUUUAGUAUUUUUUAUUUUUUUUUGCGGAUGAUUGCGCAAAACACUCAGAGAAAGUGAAACUAAAUCAUUGGCUACUAGGCCAGGGUGCAAGGUUGCGGAAAAGCUCAUACUGAAAUGGCUUCCAGCUCGGCUCUCCCCGAAGACGACCUCACCUGUGCCGUGUGCAUGGACAUCUUCACCGAACCUGUCGGCCUAAAAUGCAGCCACGUUUUUUGCAAAGCCUGUCUGCUCAAGUGCUGGGAAGAGAACAGGGCAAGAGAAUGUCCGAUGUGUAGGGAGAAGACUACAGAGGACCCCAGUGGCAAUCGAGUUCUGAAGAACCUGUGUGAGAGCUUUUUAAAGCACCGGAUUAACAAAACAGCUUCCACGUCCGAAUCUCUCUGCGAUCUCCACGGCGAGAAACUCAAGCUCUUCUGUCUGAGCGAUGAGGAGCCGAUCUGCUCUAUCUGCCAAACCUCAGAGAGGCACGAGAGUCACAAACUGCGACCCAUCCAGGAAGCAGCGCUUAUGUAUAAGGAGAAGGUGGAGAAAGCACUGAAACCCUUAAAGGAGAAGCUGGAGGCCUUUACAGAAGAGAAACAGAAGAGUGACCAAGAAGCACAGUUAAUCAAGAAUCAGGCUGAGAGCACAGUGAAACAAAUAGAAGAGGAGUUUGAGAAACUUCACCAGUUUCUGCAAGAUGAAAAAACGGCUAAGCUCGCUGCACUGAGGGAGGAAGAGGAGGAGAAGAGCCAGAGGAUGAAGGAGAGGGUUGAAGAAAUGACCGAAGAGAUUUCAUCCCUGUCAGACACGAUCAGAGCUUUAGAGCAGGACAUGAAGGCUGAUGAUUUCUCUUUCCUGCAGAACUACAAGGCCACAAAGAGCAGAGCCCAAUACAAAGUAUCAGAUCCAGAAAAGGUGUCAGGAGGGCGUAUCGAUGUGGCCACACACCUGGGAAACCUGAAGUACAGAGUGUGGAAGAAGAUGAAGCGGAUUGUUAAGUACACUCCUGUAAUUUUAGAUCCGAACACCAAAGGAGAAAAUCUCACCCUGUCUGGCGAUCUGACCAGCCUGAGAUACAGUGGAGAGACAGAGCUGAGUUCUGAUGAUGAUGAUGACGAGGAUGAUGAUGAUAAUGAUGAUGAUGAUGACGAGGAUGAUGAUGAGGAUGAUGAUGAUGAUGAUGAUGAUGACAGUGAUGAUAAUGACGAUGAUGACAGUGAUGACGAGGAUGAUGACGAUGAUGACAUUGAAGAUGAUGAUGAUGGUAUUAAAGUGUUCGGAUCUGAAGGCUUUACAGGGAAACACUGCUGGGAUGUAGAGGUUGGGGAUAGUUCUAACUGGGCGCUUGGUGUAGCUGAGAAGGCAUCUGAUGACGGGGAGCCCAAGUGGGGUGAAAUGUGGGGCAUAUGUUAUUCAGAUGGGGAAUAUGGAGUAAUGAGCAGGUCAGGGAUCCGGACGAAUACUAAGCUGAAUGUCUGGAGGGACGUGAGAAGGGUCAGAGUGCGGUUGGACUGGCAAAGGGACAGGCUGUCCUUCUCUGACCCCACCAGCAACACGUCUCUGCACACCUUCAAACACGUAUUCACUGACCCGCUUUUCCCCUGGUUUAGCGUCGGCUCUGAUUGCGUUGCUCUGAGAAUCUGCCCAGUGAAGGUUUCUGUUAAAGUGGGAUAGCAGCCCUAUGACCAGGACACAGAUCAGAGGUCAGCGAACAGAGAGGGCAUGGGGUGACCUCACUGUCUAAUUACUGUAGUUUAGAUCAACUAUCAUAUUCAACUCCCAACGGAAAUCAGAGAAUAUACAGUAUGUGUGCUUUUAUCUAUCUGAAUGUGUUUUUCUGUUGUCAUGGCGACCACAGGACACUUGAGCACUUGGACUCCCCCAUGAAAUGCUUUUGUGAUUAGAGUAAAGAGACAAAAGAAAUUAAGAUAAAGAAAUUAACUUCUGCUUCUGCCAAUUGUUUAUUUACCCUGUUUAUUUAACUGUUGCCCAUGUUAACUGAGGAAACACCACCACGACCCCGUCCCCCAGCGACCAGAAGGAGAAUCUGAUGCCCCGGGCGGUGAUUCCGGUUUGAUCAGGGCCCCCCCACCCUCAGAGUGGUGGCCCAAUUAUGCUGCUCCAUCAUGUGCUGAGAAGUAAAGAAAACUGUACAGAAGUACAGAAAACUGUUCAGCCAUUGGCAGAUACUAGGUCCACCUUCAGUCUCCCCCAGACAUGUGACUGUGAAUUUCAAGCAAAAUCAUCAGUAAUCUUCUUUUGGUUCUUCAUUUGAUGAGCUUUCACACGUACACACUUCUCCAAAUCUGAGAUCCAUAAACCGAGAUACUUUUUCAUAAGAGCCAUUGGAAUUGCCAUUGUGAAAUACAUUGACUGUGUCCAUUCUUAUAAAAAAAUGGAUUGACAGAAAACUUUUUUUGAAACAAUGACUCAUUACACACAUGCACAGACCAUAUGAAAAUAUCAUAUGAUGCAUGUGUGUAAUGAGUCAUUGUUUCAAAAAAAUUUCCGAAAUAAGCUUCUUCUUCUUCUUUUUUGAAGGUGCAAAGAUGCUAGUAAUAAAAUGUAAAAUGCUUUCUUCCCUUUAACCUUUACAAAGUCUUUGUUUUCCAUUGAAGUGACGAAUGUCUAACAGAAUGAUUGUUCUUUCACUGAUUUAAAAAUAAAUAAAUAACACAUA